AUGGUCAACUCCUGUUGUGGCUCCACCUGCUCUGAGGAGGGCUGCUGCCAGCCCAGCUGCUGCCGCCCCAGCUGCUGUGUGUCCAGCUGCUGCCAGCCCAGCUGCUGCAGACCUACCUGCUGCCAGUCUGUGUGCUGCCAGCCCUGCUGCCGCCCCAGCUGCUGUGUGUCCAGCUGCUGCAGGCCCUGCUGCCAGUCUGUGUGCUGCCAGCCCUGCUGCCGCCCUAGCUGCUGCAUUUCUAGCUGCUGCAGACCCUGCUGCCAGCCCAGCUGCUGCCGCCCCAGCUGCUGCAUUUCCAGCUGCUGCAGACCCUGCUGCCAGCCCAGCUGCUGCCGCCCCAGCUGCUGCAUUUCCAGCUGCUGCAGACCCUGCUGCCAGCCCAGCUGCUGCCGCCCCAGCUGCUGCAUUUCCAGCUGCUGCAGGCCCUGCUGCCGCCCCAGCUGCUGCAUUUCCAGUUGCUGCAGGCCCUGCUGCCAGCCCUGCUGCCGCCCCAGCUGCUGUGUGUCCAGCUGCUGCAGUGGUUCUUGUUGCUGA